AGGACGUGAAUGAGAUCUGAUCAACUCAUCCUUAACAGUGCUACAUUGCUUUCAGUCCGCAAGGGGGCAUUCUAACUCCGGUUUAAGGUUACGCCAUUUCAUUGUGGAAAAUGCCACCAGAUGGCAGUUUAGGAUUGCUUCUCUCGUGAAAGGCGCGGUUCCGCUUGAGGUCCAAUUUAAUAUAAAAAAUACGAACAAUUGCUAUCAUAACUUGAUUGUAUUGAGAAGGAAAUAAACACCAGUGCUCAAAUUAUAGACUCAGGCUAUGACCUCAUUGCCACGCAGUGACCCCGCCAGCCCAGCCGUGUGGAGCUAGAGUCCACUCAGCACUCGAGAGGAGAGCAGCCCGAGGCCCCACAGCCCCACGUCCACAGUGCGCCCUCCACCCUCUCCCACUCUACACACUAGCAGCAGGACAGCCAGGAGCGGACAUGAUCACCUCAGAGUUCCCCAUCCUGCAGGACUCAUCUAAUGAGUCAGGACAGGGGGACAUGGUGAGCCUGAGCACUGUGAGUGUCAGUGAGCUGGAGGACGCGGGGGAACCCAAAGGCAAGAGGAAGAGGGGCAGGCCAGGAAAACAAGCAGCGACCAAUAAAAAGCCACGGAAGUCUCCGGUGGAGACGGGCCAGCUUGGGCCUCCCCGUGGGAAGAGAGCCAAUGGGGUGGCCCAGCUGAAUGGGGAGGGCGACCCCACCACACUGUUUGAAGUGGUCAGAAUGGGCAAGAGUGCCAUGCAGUCUGUAGUGGAUGAUUGGAUCGAGUCCUACAAGCAGGACCGGGACGUGGCCCUCUUGGAUGUCAUUAACUUCUUCAUUCAUUGCUCAGGCUGUAAAGGAACUGUAAGAAUCGAAAUGUUCCGGAACAUGCAAAAUUCAGAAAUCAUCAGGAAGAUGACUGAAGAGUUUGAUGAGGACAGCGGUGAUUACCCACUGACCAUGCCAGGCCCUCAGUGGAAAAAGUUCCGCUACAACUUCUGCGAGUUCAUCGGAGUCCUGAUCCGACAGUGCCAAUACAGCAUCAUCUACGACGAGUACAUGAUGGACACGGUCAUCUCACUGCUCACUGGCUUGUCCGACUCACAGGUCCGAGCCUUCCGGCACACCAGCACACUAGCAGCCAUGAAGCUGAUGACUGCCCUGGUCAAUGUGGCCCUCAACCUGAGCAUCAACCAGGAUAACACACAGCGGCAGUACGAGGCAGAGCGAAACAAAAUGGCUGGCAAGCGCGCUAAUGAGAAGCUGGAGCUUCUCCUGGAGAAGAGGAAAGAGCUCCAAGAGAAUCAGGAUGAAAUAGAGAACAUGAUGAACUCCAUCUUCAAGGGUAUCUUUGUUCAUCGCUACAGGGAUGCCAUCGCCGAGAUCCGAGCCAUCUGUAUCGAGGAGAUUGGUGUGUGGAUGAAGAUGUAUAGUGAUGCCUUCUUGAAUGACAGCUACCUGAAGUAUGUUGGAUGGACCCUUCAUGACCGGCAAGGAGAGGUGAGGCUCAAGUGUCUCAAGGCCCUCCAGAAUCUCUACACCAACCGCGAUCUGUUCCCCAAGCUGGAGCUUUUCACCAACCGCUUCAAGGAUCGUAUUGUGUCCAUGACUCUAGACAAAGAGUAUGAUGUGGCCGUGGAGGCCAUCAGGCUGGUCACUCUUAUACUCCAGGGCAGUGAGGACGCCCUCUCCAAUGAGGACUGUGAGAACGUGUACCACCUGGUGUACUCGGCCCAUCGGCCUGUGGCUGUCGCUUCUGGGGAGUUCCUGCACAGGAAGCUGUUCAGCAGAUAUGACCCGCAAGCAGAGGAGGCCCUUGCCAAACGCAGAGGAAGGAACAGCGCCAAUGGCAACCUGGUCCGGAUGCUCGUGCUUUUUUUCCUGGAGAGUGAGUUGCACGAGCAUGCGGCAUACCUGGUGGACAGCCUGUGGGAGAGCUCCCAGGACCUGCUGAAGGACUGGGAGUGCAUGACCGAGCUACUGCUGGAGGACCCUGUGCAGGGGGAGGAGGUGUUGGGAGACAGGCAUGAGGGGGCCCUCAUAGAGCUGAUGGUGUGCACCAUACGGCAAGCAGCAGAGGCUCACCCACCAGUAGGCAGAGGAACAGGGAAGAGGGUCCUCACCACCAAAGAAAGGAAGACUCAGAUAGAUGAUAAGAAUAAGCUAACUGAACACUUCAUCAUGGCGCUACCCAUGCUGCUUUCCAAGUACCAAACAGAUUCUGAGAAAGUGGCCAACCUCCUGCAGAUUCCAACGUUCUUCGACUUGGAUGUGUACAGUGCUGGCAGAAUGGAGAAGCACCUGGACGGGCUGCUGAAGCAGAUGCGCAUUGUGGUGGAGAAGCACACGGAGCCGGAGGUGCUGGAGGCCUGCAGUCGCACGUACAGCAUCCUGUGCAGCGAGGAGCACACCAUCAUGAACCGCGUGGACAUCGCCCGCAGCCAGCUCAUCGACGAGCUUGUCGACCGCUUCAAUCACUCCGUGGAGGACCUGCUCCAGGAGGGAGAUGAGGCAGAUGAUGACGACGUCUACAACGUCCUUUCCAGUCUGAAGAGGCUCACCGCAUUCCAUAAUGCCCACGACCUGACCCGAUGGGACCUGUUUGGGAACUGUUACAGACUGCUGAGGAUGGGCAUAGAACAGGGCUCCAUGCCAGAACAGAUUGCCACCCAGGCUCUUCAGUGUUCUCAUUACUCCAUUCUGUGGCAGCUGGUGAAGGUCACAGAAGGCGUGCCUUCUAAGGAUGACCUGAUCGCCCUGCGGCGAGUGGUGAAGUCUUUCCUGGCCAUAUGCCAGCAGUGCAUGUCUAAUGUGAACACGCCGGUCAAAGAGCAGGCCUUCAUGCUGCUGUGUGACCUGCUGAUGAUCUUCAGCCACCAGCUGACGUCAGGCGGUCGUGAUUCAUUGCUGCCGCUGGUCUUCAACCCUGACACCAACCUGCAGAACGAGCUGCUCACCUUCAUCCUCGACCACGUCUUCAUCGACCAGGAUGAUGAGAACCAGAGCAUGGAGGGUGACGAAGAGGACGAGGCCAACAAGAUCGAGGCUCUGCACAAGAGGAGGAACCUGCUGGCUGCCUUCAGCAAGCUCAUCAUCUAUGACAUUGUAGAUAUGUGCACUGCAGCUGACAUCUUCAAGCACUAUAUGAAGUAUUACAAUGACUAUGGAGACAUCAUCAAGGAGACGUUGAGCAAGGCCAGGCAGAUGGACAAGAUCCUGUGUGCCAAGACACUCAUCCUCAGUUUGCAGCAGCUCUUUAAUGAGCUGGUACAAGAUCAAGGUCCCAAUCUGGACCGCACCUCCUCCCAUGUGAGUGGUAUUAAGGAGCUUGCCCGUAGGUUUGCCCUCACCUUUGGUCUGGACCAGAUCAAAACCAGAGAGGCUGUGGCCACACUGCACAAAGAUGGCAUUGAGUUUGCCUUCAAGUACCAGAACCCAAAAGGGCCUGAGUAUCCUCCCCUUAAUCUGGCCUUCCUGGAGGUACUGUGCGAGUUCUCCUCCAAGCUGCUGCGGCAGGACAAGAAGACUGUACACUCCUACCUGGAGAAGUUCCUGACGGAGCACAUGAUGGAGCGGCGUGAGGACGUGUGGCUGCCGCUCAUCGCUUAUCGCAACUCUCUGCUGACGGGCGGCGACGACGACCGAAUGUCAGUCACCAGUGCCAACAGCAGCAGCAAGGCCAGCUCCAUACGCAGCAAAAAAGGCCGGGCUCCCCUCCAGAAAAAACGCAUCGAUGAGGACAGUGUUGACGGCUCGUGGAUGAUGCGCAACGACACGCUGCAGACACCAGGGGCACUACAGACGCCACAGCUCACCUCCACCGUGCUGAGGGAGAACCCACGGCAGGCGGCCGAGCACAUACCCGAGCAGGACUCGUCCGAGGCUGGCUCAGAGCCGGACUACCUGCACAACCCACAGAUGCAGAUGUCGUGGCUUGGUCAGCAGAAGUUGGACGAAGCCAACCGGAAGGACAGAGGGGGCAUGAAUUACAUGGCGAAGGCGAGGGGUGCAGGCGUCAGACCCUCAGUGCGAGGCCUCAUGGAGGACGAUGCCGAGCCAAUCUUCGAGGACGUCAUGAUGUCCUCCCGCGGUCAGCUAGAGUACAUGAAUGAGGAUGACUCCAUGGUUAUUGAGGACACUAUGGUCAUUGAUCUGCCACCAUCUAGGAACCGGCGAGAGAGAGCUGAACUCCGACCAGAUUUCUUUGACUCCGCAGCCAUCAUAGAAGACGAAUCUGGCUUUGGUAUGCAGAUGUUUUGAGGAAAGCAGAGAAAGUCGGAGACUGGGAAGAGAUUUUCUACUUCAGGAUCUGGUGUCUUUAAGAGGAUGCAUCAGUUAGAACGGACAAGACAUGGUCUGAGAUCACUGGCUUACUGACUUCUGAUUACACCAACACUAUGAGUCAAACUCCACAUGCGAUAUCAUUUUGUGUCCUCUCAACCUGCCCCAACAAAGUUCUGUUUUUGUUUUUUAUUUUUUGUUCGUAUUUUGUUGUUCAUAGUAUUUCUCAGUGUAUUUCACAUGUUGUACAUAAAAACACAAAAAUACUCCCAUUAAUCUUUUUUUUUUCCUUUCGAUUAUGUGCCUAAUUGCAUUUGUAACAACGCAGUAAAUCCAUAAAUAUCCAGCCUGUACAUCAAUCAAGGAUUUGGAUUUUAUCAAAUCCUAAUUGCAUACAUAUGCAUUUUCUUGACAUAUCAAAGCUCUGUCUGGUGCUGGAUAUACGUGGCGUUACCCUUCUUUCUUUGACUCACACUGGAUGUAUGUUCACCCCCAAUUCCUACAGAGAUAACACACAUCACCUAUAUCUUUUUUUUCUAAACUUUUAUGUCCUGAAAGGGCUGGGGGACAAAAGACCCUGAACUCAAAGUAGUCACACGUUUCUGAAUGUCAGGGUGACAGCAGUUCAGAUCAGUUUUUCUCACACCAUCAGUAGUUACUGCUUAGAUAUGCAAGAAUUUGGAAUUCGGAUUCAUUUUUCAACCUAAUGCCUUAACAGACAGUAUUUUUUGCAUUUCAUUAAAAUUGAGCCGAAAUUGAAGCUUAAAUAUUGACACAUUGCUAAAGCAGGGGAAAACAACAUAUUGCCCCUAUAGUACUAGACUGAAAGUAAGAAAAAGGAUUUAGGACUUCUGGCUAACCUCUGAUGGUUGGUCUUCUCCUGUGAAGGUUUUUUUUUUUUUUUUUUUUUAUCUGUGAGUGGGGAACAUGAAGCAUGUUGCAUUGCAUUUUUGUGAUUAUGGAGUUUGGCGGUAGGUGACAUUUGGUGCCUGAUUAAGGCACCGCUCCUCGGCACAAGACUGUGGGCCCAGAACUCCUUAUGCUCAUGUUUCUGCACAAUCUAACAUGAGCAGUUUUAACAGGCAUUGUUGCAGUUUUACAAUAUGCAUUUUGAAAGCAUUUUUUUUUCUUUGUAAGAAUAUUUUGAAUAAAGCUAUUUAAAAAUA